AGGGUCCCUCGCGGGUCCUGGGAGCUGCAAACGCUUGUCCCGCCCCUCGGGGUAUUUUAAUUAUUUUAAACACAGAAUUGAGGACCAGGCGGUCGGUCACCCCGAAUCCUUGGGAACUCCCCUCGGGUCUUUGUUCCCAGAGGCCUCGAUUCUCGCGGAGCCCAGGGGAGUAGAGAGACGCGAGCCGCGAGGGAAUCCGGAACGAUUCUUUCGCGGAACCAGUGCGCUGAGGCCCUUAGGAACGCGUGCAGGACCGGACCGCAAGGAGCCGGACCAGACCUGCAGGGAUGGCGGCGGCGGACGCGGGGCCAGGGACCGCGGUCCCCGUGGACCUGCGGCGCGAGCGGCGCAUGGUGUGCGUCGAGUACCCAGGCGUGGUGCGCGACGUAUCCAAGAUGCUGCCAACUCUGGGCGGCGAGGAGGGCGUCUCCCGGAUCUAUGCAGACCCCACCAAGAGGCUGGAGCUGUACUUCCGGCCCAAGGACCCUUACUGCCACCCGGUGUGCGCCAACCGCUUCAGUACCAGCAGCCUGCUGCUGCGGAUCCGGAGGAAGACCAAGCGGCCGCGGGGGGUGCCGGGGCCCGGGGCCCGCCCCGAGGUCACAUUUGACAUCGAGAUGCUUGGCGUCAUCUCCACCGUUUAUAAAUUUCAAGGAAUGUCCGACUUCCAGUACUUGGCUGUGCACACGGAAGCAGGCGGCAGGUGCAUGUCCAUGUACGACAAAGUGCUCAUGCUGAAGCCCGAGAAGGAGACUUUCUUCCACCAGGAGCUGCCGCUCUACAUCCCCCCACCCAUCUUCUCUCGGCUGGACACCCCGGUGGACUACUUCUAUCGGCCAGAGACGCAGCACCGGGAAGGCUACAACAACCCCCCCGUCUCGGGCGAGAACCUCAUCGGCCUGAGCAGGGCCCGGCGCCCCCACAAUGCCAUCUUCGUCAACUUUGAGGAGGACGAGGUGCCCGUGCGGCCCCUGGAGGCUGCAGUGCAGACGUGGAGGAGGAUCUCCACCAACCCCGUGGACCGGAAGGCGGAGGAGGAGCUGAGGAAGCUGUUUGAAAUCCGUCCCAUCUGGUCACGAAAUGCCGUCAAGGCCAACAUCAGCGUCCACCCUGACAAGCUCAAGGUCUUGCUGCCCUUCGUGGCCUAUUACAUGAUAACAGGCCCCUGGAGGAGCCUGUGGAUCCGAUACGGCUACGAUCCCCGGAAAAACCCGGAUGCCAAGAUUUACCAAGUCCUUGAUUUCCGGAUCCGUUGUGGAAUGAAAUACGCACCGGGGAGCCACGGCUCGUCCUGA